ACAACCGUAAAUGCGAUGAGUCAACCGAGUUCACGUGUCAUGCGAACAAGGCGUGGAAUAGGGCACAGUGCAUACCGAAAAAAUGGCUGUGCGAUGGCGAUCCUGACUGCGUAGAUGGGGCGGACGAGAAUGCUGCGGUGCUCAAUUGCACGACGGUGGCUAACUGCAGUGCGGAUCAGUUCACGUGCGGUAACGGGCGAUGCAUCAACCGUGGAUGGGUGUGCGACCAUGACAACGACUGCGGUGAUGGCACGGACGAAGGCAAGGAGUGUCAUUCGCAGUACAAGACGUGCUCACCCCGCGAAUUCUCGUGCCAGAACUUCAAAUGCAUCCGGAACACGUAUCGGUGUGACGGCGAAGAUGAUUGUGGAGACAAUUCGGACGAGUUCGGAUGCCCGGCAGGUGGCCGAAACGGAACGUCGUCAACGUGCGGUACUGACCAAUUCCGGUGCACCAGCGGGCAGUGUAUCAAUGCUACGUUGGUAUGCAACAAGGUAUCAGACUGCGCGGAUGACAGCGAUGAGCCUGCUCACUGCAACGUGGACGAAUGCGCCAAAGUCGAGCUCAACCAGUGCGCUCAUCGGUGCAUUGACACCCCUACCGGGUUCACGUGCGAGUGCAAUGAGGGAUACAAGCUUAUGGAAGAUGGUAAAGCGUGUGACGAUAUUAACGAGUGUGUGGAAGUACCCGGGGCAUGUUCACAGUAUUGUUUGAACACUCCAGGAUCAUUUUACUGUAAAUGCGAUGAAACCUAUUACGACCGGACGUCAGACGAACGAACGUGUAAGCGACGUGACAGGAACAAACCUUGGUUGAUAUUCACCAACAAAUAUUACGUACGGAACAUGUCGCUGGACGCAUCAGAGUACUCGCUCAACCAUCAGGACCUAUUGAAUGUGGUCGCAUUGGAUUUCGAUUACAUGGAAGAAAAGUUAUACUUCUGCGACGUGAGUGCAAAAACCAUUUACAGGACUAAAGUGGGCAGUACAGAACGUGAGAAGAUCAUCAGACAUGACAGCCAUGGUCUGGAAGGCAUUGCCGUUGACUGGGUUGGCAGGAAGCUGUAUUGGUUGGACCGGCACAGCAAACAUCUGGAGGUGGCCGAACUUAACGGUACCAAUAGGAGAACGCUCAAGGCAGGCAUUCAAGACCCAAGAGCAAUAGCUGUGCACCCGGGAACCGGUUACUUGUACUUCACAAGUUGGCAUCUUCAG